CCUUUAAUCUGAUGGUGUCUUUUCAAGCAUAGGUAUUCUUUUGCGAUGAAAAUUUCCCUCUUGGAGACUUCGUAGUAUUGUUAAUUUCCGUCCCCGGUUCCAGCGACACUAGACAGCGGUAGAGUGGGCUUUGGCCAAGUGCCCGAAGCAGUGCUAAAAUUAACCGCGGAGAUAACUCAGUCAACCGGAACGGAGAGGAGAAUCCGAAAAUUUCGGUAGUUUUCCGGUGCAAGCCGUCUCGCGAGUGGUCGCUAUCGCGAAUACACCAUGUCCAUCUACCGGUAGCUUCUUUGCGACGGGGAAGUCCCUCCCCUCCCCCACUUUCCCCAACGGCGGUCCGUUCACUCGUUUGCCCACCUGACGUUGACACGCUGCCACCAUGCAGAGGCCCUCUAAAUCUGGUGAAAAGUGGAAACCAUUGCACACCUCAAAUCCUGCCGCGCGGAUACAAGGCAUUCAUAAAGUGCCAUCAUGGCCGGCCAAAGAAAACUCAAGCAAGCUAACAAUGCGACCUGCUCACUUGGAGUCUCCUCCCUUUGACCCUGACUAUGAAGUGAUUGAAUUUCCUCCUACUCAACAGUAUACAAAUGCUCCUUUCAGACCCGACGACAAGCUUUCCAGUGAUCAAAUUAUUGUCAACCGUCGCUGUGAUCUCUGUGGGUCCUCUACUCCUUGUGUUUGCUGUGAAAGGUGUAGCAAUCAGACCUUUUGCACAUCUUGUGAUGAAAUGUACCAUCGGCAUCCAAAAAGACAGAACCAUGUGCGCAAGGUAAUUCAAACUAAAAGUCAAGUUCUUCCACCUUUACCUCCUAAAGGAGAAACGUUCGUUCCUCCAGUACCUCCACCAAGGCGUCACAAAAGGUCAUCUCGAAUGGCAACUCCUACACUGGAGGAGCAGAGUCGGCAGUGUAAAAAGGAGAGUAGCCUCAUGGGAAGUCUCAAGCGGUUCAUUGGCGGACGGCCUCUUCCUUCUACUCCACAAUUUUUGCAAGAUCGACACUUCCUGCAUUCUUCAGCACUCCCUCUCAACUCUCUUGAUUUUCCCAAUCAG